AGGGGUCAGGCCACCUCCGAUCCACGGACAGCGAGCGUCCUGGUGACCACGUCCCCAGGGACGCGUGGCGUCUGCCCUCCUUCCCAGCAGCUCUCAUGAGCGCUAUCCCAGCCGGCUUUAAUUUGGGCUUCCCCGGCCAGACGCUGCCGCCCUGCGCGGUGCCCGCCGCUCCUGCGGGAAGGAAGGCCCGCCCCGCGGCCGGCCAGAAUCCGUGGGCCCCGCCCUCCAUCCGCAAAACCCCACGGGGACACGAGGCUCUCACGGGCGUGCGGCCCCCAGGGCGGGGGGGCCCCCCCGGCCUCGCCACGCCGCCCACCCCCCCGCGCGCUGAGGACCUGCCCGGGGCGCCCCGCCCCCAAGACCUGGCCUCGGAGGACCCAGGGAUCUUGCCGCACCACUCACUCUACAGAUGGGAAACUGAGGCCAAGGCCACGCGUGCGUGGGAGCCGUCCCCGCCCUGUGCCGCGGCCUGCGUCACUGGGGCCACGCUGCCGGAGCCUCCUAGAGCCGCUCGUUCUGACCCGUCCUGCGGGGCCACGGAUACAUGCGUGUUCGAUGCCAUCACUUUACAAAACUCCAGCCUGAGUGCCCAGCGGUUUUCCCGUAUGCACACCUGACCCAGACGGACGGACGCCCUGAGCACACUGCCCCGGCCGCUUGCUGGACCCCAGGCUCGGUGCCGGCACCCCGGACUCCUCAGGACGUCCCCUCGGAGGCCCCAUGACUACGACCCCACACCGCCAAGAGGCGGGCAGAGGCACUCACACAGGAGUGUGAGGUGGGCGGAGGGCAGGGGGCCUGUCCCGGGUGGGGAAGGCACCUGGUGGGGCAUGAAAAGGACCCUGGGUAGGAAACCAAGCAUCCCGCCCGGAUGGGCGGAGGGCCGGUCUCUCGGCAGCUCAGAGUGGGGCCCAAACCCCACACACUGCGGAAGAUACUCAGGCACGAGCACAGGGCUGGCGUGCAC